UCUUGCGUGUUUUAGUAGCUCAUCUGCACCUCGGCUUUGAAGCGAGUGGCACACAAAAGACUGAGAGCUGGCAGUAGCAUCUUCUAGCCUGAUAACGCAGAGCUUCCAGAGCUUUCUAUUUCUCUGGGGCAACUAACCCGACACAGCCGCCAAAAUGUGUGACAUGGGGGGACUCGAUAACUUGGUGGCCAACACGGCCUACCUAAAAGCCCAAGGGGGUGAUGACAAGGAAAUGAAGAAACGUCGCCGAAGUCUCUCUCUACCCAAGACAGACCAAUGUGUGGAGGUCAGGUCGUGUCUGGAAAAGGACUUUGAUUCCCUCUGCGAAAAGCAGCCCAUUGGAAAGAAGUUGUUUCGCAAGUACCUGGAUCAAGCGGGGCCAGAGUGUAACGCUGCUGCAGAAUUUAUGGAUGAUCUGAUAGAUUGGGAAUUGUCGGAGGCCGCUGCCAAAGACAAGGCCCGUACAAAUAUCAUCAACAAGUUCUGCAAAGAUGGCUCCAAGAGCUCCCUCACCUUCCUGACUGGAGAUGUAGCAGCCAAGUGCAAGGCGGUUACCGACAAAGAUUUCGAGGAGGUGAUGGGACAGGUGAAGGAGGCCACCAAAGAGUUCCUAAAAGGCAAGCCGUUUACAGAGUACCAGACAAGUGUAUUCUUUGACAAGUUUUUGCAGUGGAAAGAGUACGAGAGACAGCCAAUCACUGAAAAGUAUUUUUAUGAAUUCAGGACACUUGGAAAGGGUGGUUUCGGAGAGGUGUGUGCAGUGCAGGUUAAGAACACCGGCCAGAUGUAUGCCUGCAAGAAGCUCUGCAAGAAGCGUCUCAAGAAGAAACAUGGUGAGAAAAUGGCCCUGCUAGAGAAGAAGAUCUUGGAGAAGGUCAACAGCCUGUUCAUUGUCAGCCUGGCCUAUGCUUACGACACCAAGACCCAUCUCUGUCUGACAAUGAGCUUGAUGAAUGGAGGGGACCUCAAGUAUCACAUCUAUAACAUUGGUGAGAAGGGUAUCGAAAUGAAUAGGAUCAUCUAUUAUACAGCUCAGAUUGCAACUGGGAUCCUUCACCUGCAUACCAUGGACAUUGUGUACCGCGACAUGAAGCCAGAGAAUGUGCUCUUGGAUAGCCAGGGCCAGUGUCGUCUUUCAGAUCUCGGUCUCGCUGUGGAGGUUCCUGUUGGAAAGACCAUCACCCAGAAGGCUGGAACAGGUGCAUAUAUGGCACCUGAAAUCCUUACUGAAAUCCCAUACAGGACGUCAGUUGACUGGUGGGCCCUUGGCUGCAGUAUCUAUGAAAUGGUAGCUGGCUACACCCCAUUCAAAGGUCCUGAAGCCAAGAAGGAGAAGGUGGAGAAGGAGGAGGUACAAAGGCGCAUUAUUAACGAGGAGCCUAAGUUUGAGCACAAGAACUUUGACGCCCCCACCAUAGACAUCAUCAAGCAGUUCCUCAAGAAGAAGAUUGAUGAACGUCUUGGCUGCAAGAAUGAUGAUCCCAGAAAGCAUGAAUGGUUCAAGUCCAUCAACUUUGCUCGUUUGGAGGCCGGCCUUAUCGAUCCACCCUGGGUGCCCAAACCCAAUGUUGUUUACGCAAAGGAUACCGGUGACAUUGCAGAGUUCUCUGAAAUCAAGGGUAUUGAGUUUGAUGCAAAGGAUGAAAAGUUCUUCAAGGAAUUUAGCACAGGUGCUGUGUCUAUUGCCUGGCAAAUGGAGAUGAUUGACACUGGACUCUUUGAUGAGCUCAGCGACCCCAACCGGAAAGAAUCAUGUGGUGGUUUCGAUGAUGAUAAGAAAUCGGGCACUUGCACACUUCUGUGAGAGGACCAAUCCAGCCACCCAGGCCAGAAUUCACCAGCAAAGGCUUUCAGUGGCAUCACUGUGCUCUGUGUCGAAGAAGAGUGGACCUUGACUGAAAAGAGAUGGGACGUUAGUCCAUUGUAGUAUAGAAGGAGACUCUUUUGACUUCAGUUGCACAGCCACGUGGUCUGAGAAACACUCUAGACCAUCCAUGAUGGGGUGGAUUACGAUUUGGACCAGUCAGGAACUUCUUCUCCGCAGUUCCUUUAUGUCUCGUGAAGUAGUCAGCCUCGUAUACAACAGGGGGUGCAAGUAAAUGUACUAUUCCUUAUUGAGAAGAUGCUAGAAGAGUAGAGGACUACAGGCCACCUAAAGACAAUUUAAGUUUUCGAUGUAACAAUUGUAACUAAAUGCAAUCGGAAGCAAUUCCCAAGAAGCAGCGGCUCGCAUUUCAAACAUCUACUGCCUUGCCAAAUCACAGUUUGUUUUUGGAGUUCUUUAUCAUUCUAUAGAAUUCAGAAUUCUGUGGAAUGUACUACAAGCUAACGGGUAGCUGAAAGCAAAAAUAAAUCAGGCAAAUUCCAUCUAUUUACCAGUCUGUUUUCAAAACCGUUUAUCCUAAGGUUGCAUGGUUACUUGAGGCUAUCCCAGCAUCUCAAGCCGUAGGCAGGGAAAGACUAAUCCAUCACAUGGCGAAAUUUGUGAAAAUAUGUAAAAAAAAAAAAAAAUUGUGAAGGAUGCAGAAAUAUUCAAAUUCUGAAGAAAUCUGCACAGAUUCCAUUUGGGCCUGCUUGUGACACAGGUAAACAUCAACAGUACAUGCUAACAAAGUGCAUUUGAAUGAAUGGUGUGAUUGUUCAACAGAGUUCUAAUGAUCUCUGUUGUAGAAAGUCUCGCAUAAAUAGUUAACACAUGACCUCCAUGCUUAAUAUCUUUGACAGCAGCGCUUUUCUGAUUCCUCGCCUAGAUUUUUAAACAAAUUUUGUGUAUAAAUAUGUACAUAUACAUAUUAAUUAAUAAAUCAAUAUAUAUUAGCAGCUCUGAAAAAUUAUAAAACCAGAGCUUGGUUGUUUAGCAUUUAAAGGUAGUUCACUUUGUGUUUUGUUAUCAUAUCUCAUCAUGACAGAGUGUUUAAGAUGUAGGCUACAAACGAAGACAGCCUUCCUUUACAGAAAAGUUUAGCUGAAAGAGAUCAUUGCUCAAGGGUACAAAGACAGGGUUUUGGCACUGAUACAUUUGCUAAAUCCUCAUAAGUUGCACUAUGUAACUAAAGCAAAAGGUGGAGGUUAUGCCCUCUUCCAGUCUUCAGUGGAGUUGCUUCUAUGAUGCUGAGCAAGAGCAAAACAUUUUUAAUUCGACAUAAAAUGGACCAAACUAUAAGAAAUGAAUGAAUUAUUGUGUCUU